GGUUAAUACACGGUGUGACGAUCUCACAGGCAACACCAGCCCCUAGCAACGAGCAAUUCCGGCUUCAAAAAGUACACAGCGCGGAUGAUGCCGAGAUAAAGCGACGACGACUUCGCGGCGCCUUAAUCCCCCGGGCUUGCUCCUUGUUCUAGCCCCGAGGUGCACCGCUGGACUCCGAGUCCUCCGACCGAAGCCGCAUCGGCUCCCUACGACGUCACGCCUCUCCUAAUUUACGCGUCUCCCCUGUCUAACUACCUAUGCAACCUCCGCCCGUGCCGACCAGAAACAUCCAAAGCCACGGCCGCGGUGCAACAGCCUCUUCUUCGCCCUCUCCAUCAGCCCCCGGAAAUGGCGGCUCUGCAGCUUCGGCAGCCUUGCAAGGGGCGACGCUCGCAUUCAACAACCAGACGAAAGCGAAUGCAACCUCGAACGCCAGUGCUGGGAACAGCUCCCGCUCAGGUCUGAGCACUGGCCUGGGCACUGCAGUUGUCCCACAGUUAGGGACGGGCCCGCGGGAAGUUAACGGUGCGCUGCUGGCCGCCACCCAGGCGGCGAGGGAACAUGCUGCCUUGCGCCCAAGGUCUGCCGAGGGCGCGGGGGCUACGGGGAGUCUAAGUCGUCAUACGACGGGCGCCAGUGCCAGCGCAAGCGCGAGCGGGAGCGGACUGGGCACCUCACCAGCUCCGGCGACGAAAGGAGUGGUUGCCCAGAGACUGUCCGAGCUGCAUGCUGGCGCUGGCAACGUGGAUGGAAGCACGCUUCUCUCUCUACCGGGCCAGAGACCCGGGCUAGAUGGCCCCAGACAGGCAUCCACGUCUCCCUCCUUUAUCGCCGCUACACUGGCUGCCAGCAGGUCGACAUCGCCCGUGCGUAUUCCCAGUCCGCAGCCUAGCUUGCGCAGCGGUGUAGUCGCCCGAAGCAGAGCAUCCAGCGUGGGCACAACCAGCGUCUCUGCACAUCCGACAGGAUCGGGCAUAGGCGAGGGUAUCCGGGCGCCGGAAGCGGACGCCCCGGAUACCGCAUCCAUUGCGCCCACCACCUCAUUGGUGUCGCUGUUCGAGACCAGGAAUGUUCGACAUGACAUGGAUCCUGUUAAGAAAAGGGCUCCAUCGCUCAGGGUUAGGACACCAGACUUGGAGGGUGACGCCGGGGCUCAAGACCAACAGCAAGCACGGCCGAAAGUGAAGCCAAAGCCAAAACCCAAGCCAAAGCCUUCUUCAGAGCUUCUCAGUUCGGGUCCGUCUGGUUACGCAGGCGACCAGUCACAGCGGGAGUGCCUUACGCGGGAUAGGCGAAGAGAUGGCCAGGAGGCGAAACAAGGUCCUGCAGAAGCAUACCCACUUCCUCCCACGCCGACCCAAAAUCCUCAACGCGGAACGGUUCUUGAUAAACCGAGACCCCAGGCGGGCAUUCCACCUUCAACGACUGGCCUUACUUCUGCUUUGCCGGAUACUUCAGCCUCGCUCGUCUCCCCUCAGCCGCGGAAAACCGCCAUGUCAACACAACUUGAGCCGCCCGCACCGCCAGUGCGGACGUCAAAUCACGCGAAGAUGGCAGAACGCAUCGGGCAGAUAACAGUCGCCGACCCAGAAGGGACUCAAACUGACGCCCCCUACAAAUCCGAGGAACGGAUGCCCACGCCAGAGCGGCGCCGACUAUCGCAGAGCUCUGCCUCGUCCGACGACACAUUUGUGUCGGCCUCCUCCGUGCAGUCCUGGGCCAAGUCGCCAACACGGGCAGCAGAUAAAAACCCGGAACGGCCCGCGCAGCUCAGUCGACGGUCAUCCGUUUGGUCACUGUCGACGCCUGAUCUGCCGACACGGCCGGCUCGGAAUGCUUCCGCUUCGAACCUGACCCUCGACUCACUCAGCAACGCCAUCGUAGCGAGCAACCUCGCCGCCGCCCGUCUGGCCGUUCCAACCGCAUCGCAACCUCCGCCAGUUCCCGCACCCCGCCGUCCAGGUCGCUCGUCGGGCUCACGCAGCCCGCUCAAACCCCAGCGCACCGCCGACAGCGUCAUCACCCGCCCCGAGCUCACUGGCGGGAGCAGAUCCCCAACCCGCCCAAACCAGCCCGCCCAACGAGCGGGCAUGCUGCACACCCUCCGCAGCCCGCAUGCCGCCCUCUCCGACGACGAGGGCUCCCGCCGGCACUCGCACCACCACGGCCACCACCACCACCGCCGCCGCCGCAGCAAGGCCCUCCUGCUCGGCUCGAGCAACCGCAUGCACGCGCACCACGAGGGCUCGCGCAGCCGCUGGCGCGACGCCAUCACGCCGCGCGAGCGCCGCCGCUACGAGGCCGUCUGGGCCAGCAACCGCGGGCUGUUCCUCCGGCCGGGCUGGGGACGGACGCUCUCGGAUGAUGAACCAGAGGAGGAGGAGGAGCAGUUGAGCCGGAUCGCCGAGCUCGGGCGGGCGGUCGACGGGCCCGAGGCGGAGCUGGUCGUCAACGUGGUGGUGCGCGACAUCUGGACGCGCAGCCGGCUGCCGGCCGACGAGCUCGCCGAGGUGUGGGAUCUGGUGGACCGCGGCGCGCGGGGCACGCUGGCCAAGGAGGAGUUCGUCGUCGGCAUGUGGCUGAUCGAUCAGCGGCUCAAGGGCCGCAAGAUCCCCGCGCGGGUGAGCCAGAGCGUGUGGGAGAGCGCGGGCGCCGGCGUGGCCGGGGUCGUUGUCCCGCUGCCGAGGGGCGGGAAGGGAAGGUAGACGACGGGCAGACGGGUUGAGGCUGCCUCAAGGAUGAUGCGUAUGGCUCACCUGGUUAAAUCUGUCCUGCCUGGUCGGGUUGCGCAUUGAUUUUUCACUCGGCCCU